AUACAAAGAGCACCAAAAUCUCUCUCCCUCCUUCUCUUUCUCUCUUUCUCUGAACUCGGAUCACCUGGAUCGCUUGGGCUCUUCUUCACUGUGAUCUCCGCCGGAGCUCUGCAAAAAUGCCUCUCCGACUGGAAAUCAAGAGGAAACUUGCUCAAAGAUCAGAGAGAGUAAAAUCUGUGGAUCUACAUCCAACAGAACCAUGGAUAUUGGCGAGUCUAUAUUCUGGAACAGUGUGUAUUUGGAACUACCAAACUCAGACCAUGGCUAAGUCAUUUGAGGUCACUGAGUUACCAGUUAGGUCAGCCAAAUUUAUAUCACGCAAGCAAUGGGUUGUUGCUGGAGCUGACGAUAUGUUCAUUCGUGUAUACAACUACAACACCAUGGAUAAGAUUAAAGUAUUUGAGGCCCAUACUGACUACAUUAGAUGUGUGGCUGUUCAUCCUACACUCCCAUAUGUGUUAUCAUCAUCUGAUGAUAUGCUCAUCAAGCUAUGGGAUUGGGACAAGGGUUGGAUCUGUACUCAGAUAUUUGAAGGACAUUCACAUUAUGUGAUGCAAGUGACAUUUAAUCCAAAAGACACCAACACCUUUGCAAGUGCGUCUCUUGAUCGCACCAUAAAGAUAUGGAAUCUAGGCUCUCCUGAUCCAAAUUUUACACUGGAUGCCCACCAGAAAGGUGUAAAUUGCGUUGAUUACUUUACGGGUGGUGACAAACCUUAUCUAAUUACUGGUUCCGAUGAUCACACUGCUAAGGUGUGGGACUACCAAACAAAAGGUUGUGUCCAGACACUUGAAGGCCAUACACACAAUGUUUCUGCUGUAUGUUUUCAUCCCGAACUCCCUAUAAUAAUAACUGGAUCAGAGGAUGGAACAGUACGAAUAUGGCAUUCAACCACUUACAGGCUUGAAAACACGUUGAAUUACGGGCUUGAAAGAGUUUGGGCUAUUGGAUACAUGAAGGGCUCACGACGGGUUGUGAUUGGUUAUGAUGAAGGAACCAUUAUGGUAAAACUUGGACGUGAAGUGCCUGUUGCUAGUAUGGACAAUAGUGGAAAGAUCAUUUGGGCUAAGCACAAUGAAAUUCAGACAGUGAACAUUAAGAGUGUGGGUGCUGAUUAUGAGGUUACUGAUGGAGAGAGAUUGCCUUUGGCCGUCAAGGAGUUGGGCACAUGCGAUCUUUACCCCCAAAGCUUAAAGCACAACCCCAAUGGGAGGUUUGUUGUAGUUUGUGGAGAUGGAGAGUACAUUAUAUAUACUGCUUUGGCAUGGAGAAAUCGGUCAUUUGGUUCUGCUUUGGAAUUUGCUUGGUCAUCUGAUGGAGAGUAUGCUGUUCGAGAGAGUACUUCAAAAAUUAAAAUUUUCACUAAAAACUUCCAGGAGAAAAGGAGUAUUCGACCGACAUUUUCAGCUGAACAUAUAUAUGGUGGAACCUUAUUGGCAAUGUGCUCAAAUGAUUUUAUUUGCUUUUAUGAUUGGGCUGAGUGCAGAUUGAUUCGUAGAAUUGAUGUGAAUGUGAAGAAUCUCUAUUGGGCUGAUAGUGGCGAUUUAGUUGCUAUUGCCAGUGACGCCUCAUUCUACAUCCUGAAGUACAACCGGGAUGUGGUCUCCUCUUAUUUGGAUAGCGGAAGACCUGUAGAUGAACAAGGUGUAGAAGAUGCAUUUGAGCUUCUCCAUGAAAUGAAUGAACGAGUCAGGACUGGUAUAUGGGUUGGCGAUUGCUUCAUUUACAACAACUCAUCCUGGAGGCUUAAUUAUUGUGUUGGUGGGGAGGUAACUACAAUGUUCCAUUUAGACCGGCCAAUGUACCUGUUAGGUUAUCUUGCCAAUCAAAGUCGGGUGUUUCUGAUAGACAAAGAGUUCAAUGUGAUGGGGUACACACUACUUUUGAGUCUGAUCGAAUACAAGACACUUAUGAUGCGUGGAGACCUGGAAAGGGCCAAUGCAGUUUUACCUUCAAUUCCUAAAGACCAUCAUAACAGUGUGGCUCGUUUCUUGGAAUCACGAGGUAUGAUAGAGGAUGCACUUGAAGUUGCCACAGAUCCUGAUUACAGAUUUGAGCUAGCCAUUCAGCUUGGUAGAUUGGAAAUUGCAAAGGAAAUUGCCAGUGAGGUGCAGAGUGAAUCUAAAUGGAAACAGCUAGGUGAACUAGCCAUGUCUACUGGAAAUUUGGAAAUGGCUGAGCAAUGUUUGAAGCAUGCCAUGGACUUGAGUGGUUUAUUAUUGCUUUAUUCAUCUCUUGGAGAUGCUGAGGGAAUCUCAACACUUGCAUCCCUUGCUAAAGAACAAGGGAAGAACAAUGUUGCAUUCCUUUGUUUGUUCAUACUGGGUCGCUUGGAAGAGUGCCUUGACCUGCUAGUUGAAAGCAAUCGGAUACCUGAGGCUGCUUUGAUGGCUCGAUCGUAUCUUCCAAGCAAGGUUUCAGAAAUAGUAGCUAUUUGGAGAAAAGACCUUAGCAAGGUUAAUUCAAAAGCUGCCGAAUCUUUGGCUGAUCCUGAACAGUAUUCUAAUUUGUUUGAAGAUUGGCAAGUUGCUCUGUCGGUUGAAUCUAGAGCCGCGGAGACAAGGGGUGUUUAUCCUCCUGCAGAGGAGUAUGUGAAACAUGUUGAUAAAACACACAUGACCCUUGUGGAGGCUUUCAAGAACUUGCAAGUGGAUGAAGAAAACUUGCAAAUGGAUGAAGAGGAGCCCCGUGAAAAUGGAGACUCAAACCAUGAGGUUUCUGAAUUGAAUGGGGAACAGACUGUAGAGAAUCAUGCAGAUGAACAUCAUGAGGAAGGGAGCCAGGAGGAGGCUGUUGUCGUGGAUGCUGAUUCUACGGAUGGCGCUGUACUCGUUAAUGGUAGCGAAGCUGAAGAAGACUGGGUGCUUACACCACGUCACUAGGUCCGUGUAAAGACUGCUGGUCCAGCUUCAUGGAUCCUUUAUUAAUGGUCUCCUGCAAGAGGCUGACAAAGAGGUGAUGUAACGGAUCGGUUGUCUCUGUUACCCAGUGGUGUGGGCUGUAACCAAAUUAUAGUUUGUCAUGGGGCACAACAAAGUUAGUUCAAUAGUUUUAGUUAGUUUGCUCUUUGCGUUGCAGAUUUAAAAUAUUCUUUGAGGCCUUUCUCAUCAAAAAAUUUAUGGUGUCAUUGUGAAUGUAGAGAGAAUUGAGCUAGUAACAAGGUCGACCUUUACCAUUCACAUUUUAGAUUUUUGGUUCCCCUUAGCGUUUUAUGUUUUGGGAAUUCUUUUAUGCGGCUCAUUGUAAACGUGUUCGCGUAUUCAAUACAGUUUAUAUACACUUUUGAGUAUGAUGCAGCAACUAUUGCACUUGGCUUGUGUUAGCUGGUACUGGAUGAUACAUCUAGCUACUUGUGAUGUAAAGAUCAGCAUAAUACAAUGCUAGUCUCUGCCUACAAUUUCCAGGACAAGGUGCAUAAUAUGUUGAAAAAGUUGCCUGGGAAAAUGCUGGUGAGUGAGGCAUCUGAUUUUUUAAAGGUCUAAACCAAAAUGUAAAGCUUAUCCACCUCGAGUUGUCACACUGAAAUCAACAUACUUUUGAUACAAUAUAAAUGAUUCAUUUUUCACUUCCGGUGACG